AUGGCGGUAAAGAAGAAUACACUCUCAGUUAGUGAUAGAGAACUUGCAAGCUUGGUUGCGGAUAAGAUGAUUCUCGAUUUUCUGGAUGACAUGAUCCUGAACCUCAAAUGCGAGAGAGCUGUGAGCGCUAUUGCCAAGAAAACAAAUGGCUACUUGCUGAUCGGGGGUGAAUCAAUUGAUAAAAUCUAUAACAAUAAUAAAUAUUCUGAGGAAGACCUCAAUGCUUUAGCUAGGCACAUGAAGGAGAAACGUCCUCAUUUAAUGAAUGUGCUGAAGAGCUACGAGCAUCAAGUGGGAAACGUGGUUGAAACAGGCCUGAUCCCUGACGAUUUAAGCUUGCAAAACAUGGGAGAAAAGGUGAAGAGAGCCUUAGCCGCAGACCACGACGAAGCUGCUCGUGACAAUUUGUACACCAUAUUCGCAGAACACGAUGCCCAGGUCUUCGAAGCAUUCCAGUCAUCGUCUAGCAGAUCUGGCAAACCAUCAACUGUCUGCGUGCAAGAGCAAGAGCUGAAUGGACCGACCAAAAUAACACUACUUAUAAUUGUUCUCAGCUUAUCAGCAUCAGCCCUCGAUACAGAAUAA